AUGUCUCUCCAGGACGUUGUGUGUGAGUGGAGGGGCUUAAGGGCUGAGCGCAGACUCUCUGCCUGUCUCCCUGGUCCCCCGCUGUUCCAGUUCCCAUUCCGCGAGAGCCUCAGACGAACGAAUCCCCCGUCACCCGCUCACGGCACCACCACUCUCGCCCUGACCGCCAGCGAAUGCGCCGUGUUAGCCGCGGACACUCGCUCCUCCUGCGAUUCCCUGAUCGCCAGCCCUGACUCUUGCAAGGUCGUGCCCGUCCACACACACCUGCUGGCCACCACCUCGGGCACGGCCGCCGACUGCGCCUCGUGGCUCCGCUGGUUGGCUGGUGAGUGCCGCCUGCGGCAGCUGAGAGACGGGCGUUUGCCGGGAGCCCGAGCGGCGUCUGGGCUCCUAUCAGCGGCUUUGUCCCGGCAUUACCGCGCACACGCCGAUCUGUGCCUGGCCUCGCUACUCUGUGGGUGGGACCGGGGCCGAGCAGAGGUCUGGUAUGUGUGUCACGACGGGACGCGGCUGAACGGAGAGGUGCUCUCCGUGGGCUCAGGUUCGCCCUAUGCCUAUGGCGUGUUGGACAGUGGGUAUCGCCAAGGUAUGCCCACGUCAGAGGCACUGGCUCUAGCACGGACUGCGGUGUCUCACGCUGCUCAUCGCGAUGCCUACUCUGGUGGCUGUGUGGAUGUGUAUACCGUAGGGCAGAGAGGCUGGGAGAGAGAGGGCAGGAGGGACGUGCAUUGCGAGUGCGAGGGAGAUGUCUAA